AUGAAGCUGAUCAGUGCUGCGGCGGCCGCUGCCUUAUUCUUCUCCAGCGAAGCAGAGACACCAGACUCCGACCCUGAGUGUGAGCAGCCAGAGGAACUGUGGAGGGAGAUGGUCCAGAAUGUCACGGUGGGCGUUUUGUCCGCCUUCCUCGGCGAUGCUGUGAUUUUCUUUUUGUUUUUCGUGCAACUGCGUCAGCCGAAGCCGGAAGUUGAGUGGACAGACGAAUUGAAAGAGAACUAUCGCAGAAGAUGGCGGUGCAGAAGUGUGGUUUUCUGGAGCAUCUCCAUAGUUCACAUUGGCGCAUGCGUGUUGUAUUGCCUAAGUUUCCUUGCCAAUGUCUCAGUUGAAGAUGCGGCUGAAUGGCUGGAGAGUUGUGGUGUGACAUUGCUUCAGGAUUUGAUCAUUUUGCCUUUGCUAAUGGCAUUGGUACUCGCAAGCCUUGCAACCCUUGCAGUUACAUGCAGCCGGAAAGUGCACAGAAGCUACUGGAUUCCGGAAGAUAUUGGGGAUGCGCCGAAUGCUUCGGAUGCCCCGGAUCUGGAGGGCCCCCAGUGCAUUGGCUUCACCGCCCCCACUGAGGACGACUGGUUUGUAGCCCAAAUUCCAGCAGUAACAGAAGAAGAUCAUUCAGAUGAGGAUUCAGAAGGCCCGGUGAUUGUCAAAAACGUUGAUAGUGAUUCCUGUGCUGGGAGCCUCAUACAAGAGAGCAUUAUCACCGAGAUUCGUGUUUGA